AUGUAUGAUGGUUACGAUAGUUAUAACGAGUCGGGGGAGAGUUCUGAGGAAGAGGAGGAAGAUCUGCCACGUGGAGAAUUACUAGCUGCUCAUCUUAAAGGCAUUAUUCCCUCUAAACCCUCUCCGUUUAGAUUUAUGAAUGGAAAAGAUGGCAUGGCUACAUGUGAGAAGUGUGGAACUGUGGGAAUUAAACAUGCAUUUUACUCUAAAUCUAAAAGAUUCUGUAGUUUAUCAUGUUCUAGAAGUUUUGCUACAGCUCAACGAGAGGGAAAACCAUUACCAACAAAACCACUGAUUGUUAAAAAGGUAAAUUACAGCUACUUUUCUAAACAUUUAAACAGCAAGAAACCCAUGUCAAAAUCUAGCAUACGGGGAUUUGACUGGGGACCAUAUCUUACCUCCGGCUGUGGAGAGGGAGCCUCUAUUUUAUGUUUUGCUCACGCUCCCAUGGUAGAUAUCUGGGAACAGAUAACAAUUGGUAUGAAGAUAGAAUGUUUAAAUCAUGAUACAGAUUUAAAUUAUCAUUCUUUCUGGAUAGGGUCCGUUUUAAAACUAGCUGGUUUUAGAGCAUAUGUUCGUUAUGAAGGGUUUUCUAGUGAUCCUAGUAAAGAUUUUUGGUUAAAUCUAUGUUCUAAAGAUGUACAUCCUGUUGGUUGGUGUGCCUCUCACAGUCAACCUCUUGUUCCUCCAAAAUCUGUACAGAAUAAAUAUACAGACUGGAAGUCGUUUCUUGUGUCUAGAUUAACAGGUGCUAGAACUUUACCCAGUAGUUUCUAUUCUAAGGUAAGCUUUUUCAUUUAUAACAAGAAAUGGAAGUUAAAGAAAGGAAUGAGAGUGGAGGUAGUAGAUAAGAUGUGUGUAUCAGCUAUGAGAGUGGCCCUAGUUAAUGAGAAUAUUGGGGGUCGAGUUAGAUUGAAUUAUGAAGACAGUAAGAUUGAAAAUGAUGAUUUUUGGUGUCAUACUUUCUCUCCAUUGAUACAUUAUGUUGGUUGGUCUCAAGAGGUGAAUCAUAAACUACACUGUACACCAGGUGAAGAUUUAAUAAUUAUAUUAUAA